AUGUCGUCGAUGGCCAAGAUCACUCGUACUAGUCAACAGAUCAACGGCCAUAUUUUGCCCCACCCCUGUCCCCACCUGGCCGAGUUCCGGGCCAAGAACGGCUCCAAGCCCUUCCGAGCAUUACAGGACUGUCUCCGAGUCAAGCCGCCGGGUGGCCGAGCUUCCAUCCGCCGCGAUCCCAAGGAGUUACCCCGCUGCGGCGCUUGCGGCGAGUCCGCGUGUCCGAGGCUCUACGCCUGCAUCACGUGCGCCGCUGUGCACUGUCACGUGCCUUCCGGACCCUCCCAUGCGGCUGCUCACGCCUAUUUGAUGCCUCCGGGUCACGAGAUCGCCGUCGACGUGGAUCGAGCCGAGCUCUUCUGCUGCGCCUGCAGGGACCAAGUCUAUGACCGCGACUUCGACGCAGCAGUUGUCCUGGCUCAGACCGCUGCGUCGACCCUGACCUCCUCGGACACGUCAGCGAUCCAACAGUACGCGCCGGAGAAUCUCCGGAAACGACGCCGUAUCGAUUACAAGCCGUGGAUUCCGGAUCUGAGAGAGAAAUACUUGGUGGGGAAGAAUUCGAGUCCCUUGAACGGCAACGUCUCGGAUUUGCCUUGGGGAUUGCGCGGGCUCAACAAUUUGGGGAACACGUGUUUUAUGAACUCGGUUCUUCAGGCAUUGCUCCAUACGCCGCCGUUGCGGAACUACUUCCUCAGCGAUCGGCACAACCGCUACUUUUGCCAGAAGAAGAGCAAUGCCGAUAAUACCAGUAAGAAAACUGCCGCCAAUAAUAAUGAAAGUGGCGGGAACAAGAGUGCUGCGCGCAUGUGCUUGGCUUGCGACAUGGACGCCGCAUUCUCGGCUGUGUUUUCAGGGGAUCGGACACCCUAUAGCCCUGCAAAGUUCUUGUACAGUUGGUGGCAGUACGCGGCGAAUUUGGCAAGUUAUGAACAGCAGGAUGCGCAUGAGUUCUUCAUUUCUAUGCUUGAUGGGAUUCAUGAGAAGGUGGAUAAGGAUCAGCGGAAACCUGAGAGCCAAGGCAAUGGAGAUUGUUGUGUUGCUCAUAGGGUUUUUUCUGGUAUCUUGCGAUCUGAUGUUAUGUGCAUGGCCUGUGGUUUUACAUCUACAACAUAUGACCCAUGUGUGGACAUCUCACUGGAUUUGGAACCUAACCAAGGAGGUUCUGCAAAGACAAUGUCCACGAAGUCAAGUUAUUCUUGCAACGGCGAGGCAGAUUGCAUGAAUUCCAGCCAAAACUGUGGGGUAUCUACCCUUAUGGGAUGCUUGGACCGUUUUACACGACCUGAGAGAUUGGGCUCUGACCAGAAAUUUUUUUGCCAGCAGUGUCAGGUGAGGCAGGAGUCUCUCAAGCAAAUGUCAAUAAGAAAGCUUCCUUUGGUUUCAUGCUUCCAUAUAAAACGAUUUGAGCAUUCUUCAGUGAGGAAGAUGUCAAGGAAGGUUGACCGUUAUUUGCAGUUCCCAUUUUCACUAGACAUGGCACCUUAUCUGUCAUCUUCCAUCUUGAGGAGUAGAUUUGGAAAUAGGAUUUUGCCAUUUGGAGGGAAUGACCCAGAUGCUUCAAACGAAUUAUGCUCAGAGUUUGAAUUGUUUGCUGUGAUCACUCACACGGGCAAGCUAGAUGCAGGCCAUUAUGUAACUUACUUGCGAUUAAGUAAUCAAUGGUACAAGUGCGACGAUGCUUGGAUCACACAAGUUAAUGAGAAUAUUGUGAGGGCAGCACAAGGCUACAUGAUGUUUUAUGUACAGAAAAUGCUAUUUUACAAGGCAAGCGAGAAACGGGGUCCUGCAUGA